GGCCACCAAAAUACAAAAUGGAUCUGCUCUGCUCUGGCUAUAAGUAUUAGCAUGAACUUGUCCAAAACAGAACCAAAUCACUAAACUAAUCUUUUUACACAAAAAAAAUGCAGGGAGCUUUGUGCAUCAAACCAACUAUUCUACCUCUGUGUUCACCAAAGCUCACUCUUCUUCCUCAAACCAUCUCCACCACCAAAGCUUCAAGACUCUCCACUCUCAGACACAGACCAAACUCAUCAUCUCCUUCAACCUCUGAUCCACUCACAGUAGACUACAACGACUCUCCCCUCUCUGUUUUCCCAGCUGAAGCAUGUGAAGUAAUCAGCGGUUACGCCUGCUCUGCUGACAUUUACCCUGAAGUCAAACUUGAAACAAAGCAAGUCUCACGUCCUGUCGCUUCAGAGCCUGUAGACCGAGAAUACCUAGAGUAUAACAACAACCCCAAAACAGUUUUCCCCGCAGAGGCUUGUGAUGAUCUUGGAGGAGAGUUCUGUGAACCUGACUAUCAAAAAGAUGUUUACUAAAAAAAAAAGAAGCAAAAAUUUUAUGUGAUGUGAUUAUGUGAAUGUGUUUGUUGUAUCUCUCAACUAGUCUCUGUAACCACUCAUUAGUAUAUGAAAGCUAAUUUCACUUAAUCCAGUGGAAUUUGGGAAUCAGACACAAGUCCCCAAAG